UUGUAUUAUAAAAGAGAAAAAAAAGUGGACAACUUUUAGGUUCAUAAACUCAAAUAUGGAAAAUAUGAGUUUGGUGCCAUUAGAGUUGCCACAAAAGCUUGUUGAUGGAGAAGGGGGAAGCUACUAUGCAUGGAACGACACCGUUUUCCCUUUUCUUGGGGCAGGCCAAGUUAGUGGUGGUUUGCUUAUUAUGAAGCCUGGUGGAUUUGCUAUCCCUCAUUAUGCAGAUUGCAGUAAGAUUGGCUAUGUUGUCCAAGGUACUGAUGGUGCUGCUGGAAUGAUAUACCCCGAGUCCACAGAAGAGAAAGUGGUAAAGCUCAAAAAAGGAGAUGCAAUAGUUGUCCCAAGUGGAACAGUCUCAUGGUGGUUCAAUGCUGGACAUGAUGAACUCAAAAUCAUAUUCUUGGGUGAAACUCAGAAUGCUACUAUCCCUGGUACUUUUACUUACGGCCUUCUCGCCGGAGCAAUUGGAAUACUGAAAGGUUUUUCAUCUGAAACCAUUAGCAAAGCUUAUGACAUUAGCAACGAACAAGCAAAUAAGCUAGUCAAUACCCAAAAAGAAGCUUUAAUGUUCAAGCUUGUAGAUGAGGGGAUAACCAUGCCUAAACCAUCCAGUAAUACCCAACAUUUAACCUUUGAAUUCGACAAGAAUGCACCAAACGUUCAUGUUGAAAAGGGGGGUUAUAUCAAUUUUUUAACUGGUGAAAAACAUUCACCUCUUGAAGGGAUUAAGCUUAGUGGUAAGUUGUUGAAGCUUGAACCAAAUGCAACUUUAGGACCAACUUAUUAUGCUAAGGAUUCAGGGAUUGAGCUCACUUAUGUUAUUAAAGGAAGCGGUUCUGUUCGAGUUGUUGGGUUGAAUGGACAAGUUGUAUUGGACACCAAGUUGGAGGCUGGUCAAUUAUUUGUUGUCCCAAAGUUUCAUGUGGCUGCCAUUGAUGCUGAUAAUGAGGGGAUUGAGUGUUUCUCCAUUGUCACAACUUCCAAGCCUAUACUUGCUCAUGUAGCCGGGAAGAUGUCACCAUGGAAAGCCUUGUCUCCUCAAGUACUACAAGUUUCUCUCAAUGUCAGUUCCGAGUUCAGCGAGCUGUUCAUGGACAAGAUACACACAACCACCAUCAUCAUGCCACCAAAUUAACAACUUCCUCUUAAGAUGAGUGACUCUUACAUGAGUGUUGUAUGGUACCAAAUAAAAUCGACUUAUAAAUGUUAUUGAGCCUUGUAACGUACAAUUCUAUUUGAAUAGACAUGCAAUUGUUAGUCGACUCUAA